GUGGAUAUUGUUUACAUUCAUCCCCUAUUUGAAUGUACACACUAAAUGGACAUUUAUGACGCCACAAAAAAAAAUUGGAAGUAAACUUUUUUAAAUGUUGAGAUGAAAAAUCUCAUAUUUUCCUUCUAUGAUAAUAGUGUUUAAAUGUACACUGAACCUUGUUGCGUUUAAGAUAUAAGUCUUUUCAACAUUGAAAUAACUUACCUUCAAUUAAAUGUAAUUCGAAGCUAGAUUGGAAAUUUAAAUGCAUCUUGUGUUUGAAUGUUAUAAUACAACCUGAUGGAGUAGAUGUUUUUGCAUUUCUUAUUAUAAUAUGAUGUCUGAAUGCAUCUUGCAGUACUUGUUUUCAGUAUAGGCAUAUUAAAUUAUGAAAAUAAAUAGAAAUGUAAUGUCUGAUUUAUACUGUUCAGCUGGUGUCUAUAUUAGAUACAGCCUCAUUUUUGUACCUGUGCUCCACAAGGUGUUGUGGUAGGAAGGAACUGGGAAGCUUAUGUCCUGAUAUUUUCAUCUAUAUGUAAUUUGCUUACUUGACUAUAAUACUCUGUGACUUUUGAGGUCUUCAUUCUUUUAUGCAAUUAAACCUUGAACUUGCAUCAAAAACCAAAAAGGAGAAUGAAGUAAGCCGUAAUCACAUACUCACAUUUGUCAGAGACAUGCACAUCUAUUGAUUUUUUCACCAGAUGUCUUGUAGUUUCAAACAUUCCCAAUUCAGCUGCAUUCUGCGUCUUAUUGCAGGAGAAAAAAGCAGAAUACAAAAGUCUUAGGUUAGUUCCUUCUGAGAAAGAUGGCUGGACUUCCAGGAUACAGUGCCCUUGCUCCCAAGACUAAGAAUCUGGUUAUGGCAGGAGGUUUGACAGGAUUUGUUUUUGGUGUGUACUACUACACUAUGAGAGCCGUUGGAGGCUCAGAUGAACUUCAAGUAGCCAUUGAUAAGUUUGAAGAUGCAAAACGCAGCAGUGAGGCUGAAGCAAGUUUGGCACCCAAGCAAUAAUUGUGUGCAAUAUGAAGGUCACACUGAAAUUUGGAAAGAAGUAUCGGAUGAUUUUGAAGCAGUAGAACAGGACUUCAAUCAUCUUAUGCUUGUUGAAUAACUUGUCCUGUUUCUCAUGCUUUGCGAAUAUAUAUACUUUGCUGUAAAGAUAUCAAGAUAUUGCAUCUUUUUUUAAGCUUUCAUGUUGAGAUAAAUUUUCUUCCUUUUUGAAUUUCAUUGUCUACAGA